GCCGCGCGGCUACUUCCUCGAGGCGAGUUCAUGGUUCUGGGCUUAGCUAGUCUCUUCAAGCGUAUACUUUGACUUUCGCUUUAUCUUUCAGACUCUCUCAUGGCGAACUGAAAGGAAGGACGCAUGUAGCCGCAGCAGUUUGAACCACUUUGUUUCUUCGCGAGUUUGUCAGCAGCCCAAACUCCGUCAAACAGGUCCGAAGUGAGCGAAGCAAAGUUCCGUCAGAGCUGGUAACUCCGGCUGGGCGGCUAGCGCGUUAGCUAGCUUAAAGUAGAGCCGCGCGCUCUUCUUAAACUUCACUUUAGCCUUUACAAUGGCAGAAUCUAACGAAAAUGAGAGGACGGAUGACGGUGAGCUGCUGGGGGCCACCGGCGGGGAAGAUGUCAUUGAUGAUAGAAUCGUAGAGGAAAGUGCAUUAAUAUUUAGAGGGUAUGUUAUGGAGCGGGUCAGUACAGAGAACCCUGCCAUGCAUGUGAGCCCGGAGGACCUCGGUGGAAGACCUGAGGAAUCUGACAAUCCUCAAGUAAAAGUGGUUGUAGAGCAGCUUCUUAAGAUCGCUGAUGAUCUGAAUCGAAAUGCUGAGUUUCAACAUCUCAUCAGCACUGUGGAGGCUAACUGUGCUCAGGAUGUGUUCAUGACGGUGGCCAGGAGCAUCUUUACAGACGGCAUUAACUGGGGGCGGAUUGUGGCUCUCUUUCAUCUGGCCUAUCAGCUGAUUUACAGGGCACUGACUCAAAACCACUUGGAAAUCAUCAAGACGAUCAUUAGCUGGGUAUUACAAUUUAUCAGGGAACACAUAUCUGCCUGGAUCAGACAGCAGGGAGGAUGGGAGGGCGUUAUGCGUAGCGUGUCCAGAUGGCGCACGGUGUCCAUCAUUGCUGCCGUGGCAUUCAUCGCUGCUGCCGUGUACUGGAGAAACACUCGCUGACCUUCUCGGACUAAAAGCCUGGAGCCAGAUUUAGUUAUUUGCACAUGUGGAAAUUGAUAUCAGAAGCAAUAGUACAUCAUUGAUUGAUUUGCUUGACAAAUAUAUUGACCAAAUAUUCAUGUUGUUCGGCACAUGUUUAAAACCUAUUGGGUUAUUUAAACCAAGUCAUAAGUCCAGCACACACUGAGAGCCAAUGCAGUAGACACUGUAGCCCUUUUUUUCCUAAUUUGUUUGUGUUUAUUUGUGUCUGAGAUGCCUUAAGGAGGAACUAUUUAUUAACAAAGAGUCUCUUUUUAUACUUCCCACUAUGUUUGUGGUUAUUUUUACAAUCAGGGAUUCCACUCCUUCUCAGAUAUCAGCUCCUAAGUGCCAAUAAAUUGUAGCCCUACCUCCAACUGGUGAAUUGUCUAGGACCAGUUGUUUAUCACAUGAUUUUAAAUGGAAUUUAAAGGUGCAUCUUAUUGAUUUUUUUUUUUACAUUUGAAUGUAACUGAACAGAUAAUUGUAGGUUGUGAACUUUAAAUCUCUUUUUUUUUUUUAAGCUCUUUUUUUCUGUAAAAAUGGUCUGAUCCUGUCUAGACAAAGUCUGAUCUGCAGGAAAUCUAUGGAUGUGUUGGUAAGCUGUUGACAGGCAAUAUUCAUAAAAUUUAGUUUCAUAAUAAGCAACAAAGCCUGUGGAAGUGAUAGAUUUAUCACAGAUUAAAAAUCAAAAAUUAAAUCAUCCUAAAUUUGGAUUCCUGGUUCCAGUCCCAGCUGUGUGGGUUUGGGUGGAGCUGGGUGCUGGCAUUCAUGAUCUGAUCCAUUAAUUACUCUGAGAACCGACCAAAUUCGGAAGAAAACUGGCAUUUAUAAUUGACAAUUUGUUAGUGUAGUUUGGUAGUAAAGAUCAGUGUAUAGGUCAAAGGAAAUUAUGAUUAGAUAUGGUGAAAACAUUACUGCAUGUUCACUUUUUAUGUAGUGAAUUGUCCUAAAUGGGGAAAAAUUAAGUUUUUUUUUAUUUGUACUUGGUCAUUGUUUACAUCAAAAUAAAUGUGAUCAAGAUUCUGA